CCUUCGUCUCUUUCACUGUUCGAUUCAAUUGAUUCUUUGUGCUCUAAUUGUUUGAGGAAAUGCGGAAGAGUUGGUUUCGUUCAUGCCGACUCGAAUCAUUUCAUCCUAUCGUCUUUUCCUGUCGAAAAUUGCCCUAACUUUCCCUCUCUCUCUUUCUUGAAGCAACCAAGAAGACUACCACCUUGUGUUUCCUUUGGUCUCUCUCCGGCGAAGGAAUGCGGUUCUUUACUGUCUUCUGGUCUGGAAAGGAGCGGAUUCGGGACUUCUGUUCUCUUUUUCCAGAGGAACUCUCCCUCUGGUUUAGUCUGGCGGUGCAAGAGUUUUGAGACUGAGGGUGAUUCCGAUAUAGAGGCAGAGAUUUUGGGUUUCAUGGAAAAAUCUGAUAGCCUCGACGUUUUUCCGACCAAGAAAGAUUUGACUAAUGCUGGGACAAUGGACUUGGCGGAGGCCAUUGCCAAGCAAGGCGGUUGGCUUAAAUUUGGCUGGGAUUCGAAGGAGGAGGACGAGGAGAGGGUUUUAGAGGAUGCGUUUCAAGGUUCAAUUCUAAUAGCGGCAAAAGAAGUUAAUGAUGGUUCAGUUCAUAGAGAUACAAGAAGCUUGAAACAGAGUUUUGACGGCAGUAAUGAGAGUUAUUCUGUCGAGGGCGUUCAAGUUGGAAGUUCUGAGAUUGAACUGUCCUAUGCCUCUCCUUCUUAUCCGGCUUCAGCUUCUGAUGGAUUAUCGCUCAGGGAGGCUGGGGUGGAUUCAGGGAUCGAGAGUAUCUUGAGUAGCCUGGAGAAAGAGAGAAGUCUGCAAUUUUGUGUUGGCUCUAGAACCAAAGAAAAUAGCUUUUCUGACAUGAAGAAUGAGGAAGAAGUUGAUUGUCAACCGAAAGUCCUAGCAGAAGCGGGUACGUUGGAUUGACGAGUCACUAUGAACUGGGGUAGUGUUCUUUGCAUCAUAAUAAAUGACAGAAAGUUCAUGGAUGGAAGAUAUACUCCCUGUUCCUAUUUUGGUUCGGUACUUGAAGUGUUUUUAAAGUGAAUUUUAAGGCAAUACUUUCAGCAACCUUAGCGUUUGUUGUCCAGUAUGUAUUGACUUCAAAAUGUA